AUGAUACGUAGAGUUAUAAGAAGAUUCGCUCAGUUGCAAAAAGGUAGUGAUGGGCAAGAAUACUCUUACACUCAAGUGCCUAUGGACAGCAACCACCCCCACUACACUCCACACCAAGAUUAUUAUUGGGCAACCAAAGACGAAUUGGCUCCUCACCCCCUGGAAAUCCGCACAGAUGUGGAUUGGGAAUCAACCUUGAACCACUGGCAUCGCAAAUUCUGGCAAGCUGAUAUCUUGAAGAUGGUCUGGACAAUGGGUAUGCAUUCUUUUGAAACAGAAGUAACCAUCAAUUACCCAGCAGAAAAAGGUCCACUCAGUCCUCUAUUCCGCGGUGAGCAUAGUCUCAGAAGGUACCCAACUGGUGAAGAACGUUGCAUCGCCUGCAAGCUCUGCGAAGCCACAUGCCCUCCAAAAGCAAUAAAAAUCGAAGCAGAGCCUCGACCAGACGGUGCAAGGAAAACAACACGUUAUGACAUUGACAUGACUAAAUGCAUUUAUUGUGGAUACUGUGCAGAAGCCUGCCCAGUGGAUGCGAUCGUAUUAUCUUCCAACUUUGAGUUCGCAACCAUAGCUCAUUCUGACAUGCUUUUUACCAAAACCAAGCUCAUUGAUAACGGCGACAGAUGGGAAGCCCAGCUUGCAAGAAACUUAGAAUGGGUGUUCAAAAGAAAAUAA